AAAAAAAAAAAAAACCAAAAAACGCUGUUUGAAAUUCUGGUAAUAUGCUUUCUUCACGUGUCUCUGUUUUUCUCUGACUUAUCUUUCAGAGUUAUGAAGGGAAAAAGUAAGACAAAAACAGUGUGCUACAUUUAAUGCCUGAUUUUAGUUUCCCAGCUGCUUGCCUUUUAUAAAAGAUUGUAUCUCACAGCUGGAAACUCACAGAACCCUCCUAUCAUAAAAAGGUAGAAAGACAUGGCCAGACGAGUUAACAAAAGUUAUUUCUGUACUCAAAGAUGGAAUUGAAGAGGUAUCAGAAGUAACUUGAAACUUUAGUCAACUUUGGUUAAAAUUGCUGUUAAGAAGUGGCAGCACACUGCUUCAUAUGGUCAGCAGAAUCAACAGAGGAUCACGAAAAUCUGUCAGGGAAUUUGGGUAGACAUUCAUCUGCUGGUUUCCAGGGAGGUCUUUGCUGCUAUAGAGAUGCUCUUACCCCUACCUGAGCUACCCAGUUUAAAACAUUGCUGCCUACAUCAAGUACACCCACACUUCUGGCCUCAGUUUAGACACAGAACUGUCUCUCAAGUUAACUCAUUCUGGUUGGAGCGAGGCAUUUGGUAGCUUUCACCUCAAUCAACUGCUUGGAUUUAGAACUGUGUGGGUGCCUAAUUUUAACACAGUAUGUUAACUCCUGUGAAAAUGUCCUCAUGGGAUUCUAGUUUGAGGCAGUCUGGGUUUUUUCCAGUUCCUAGUGCAUGUAAAAGUGAAGACCAAGCUGGACAGAAAGAGGACAGGAUAAAUGGUGAGCUGUUAAAUCUGAAUUCCACCCUGUUGCUAUUGCCAGUGCGUCAGAGAGGCUCAUCCCAUGGUGUCUGACAGAAGGACUGCUGGUAAAUAGUUAUUCUUUUAUCUUGACUGAAGGAGAGCCCUGUUCUCAACUGCGAAUAUACCAGUACACUGUGUAUGUUUGAAUGAUCUCCUCUGGUCUGUGAGAGAUGUUAUAUUUUGAGGAAAAAUAUGAAUUUCUUACUAGAAAAGAGUAAACAAGCAGAAGUUGGAGGAAUCCUUGUGUUCCAGUACUGCCUUCUUUUGUGUGAUCCAUAUGAAGGAGUAUAGAGUAGAAGGCCUUUUAAUGCCUCAGAACUUAAAGCGAGCUCCUAUGCUGUCAUAGACUGUGAUCAAGCAAGAAAGGAAGUCAGUGUCCGCACCGGGGGAGUGACAGAUAAGUCAUCAAGAAAGACUUACACAUUUGAUAUGGUUUUUGGAGCUCAGGCAAAGCAGAUUGAUGUAUACCGAAGUGUUGUGUGUCCCAUUUUGGAUGAAGUUAUUAUGGGCUACAACUGUACAGUGUUUGCUUAUGGCCAAACUGGUACUGGUAAGACCUUUACAAUGGAAGGGGAGCGGUCACCCAAUGAAGAAUAUACUUGGGAAGAGGAUCCGCUAGCAGGUAUCAUACCUCGUACAUUGCAUCAAAUAUUUGAAAAACUCACAGAGAAUGGUACAGAAUUUUCAGUGAAAGUCUCUCUUUUGGAAAUCUAUAACGAGGAGCUUUUUGAUCUUCUGAAUCCUACUCCUGAUGUCGGAGAAAGACUGCAGAUGUUUGAUGAUCCUCGAAACAAGAGGGGUGUAAUUAUUAAAGGCUUGGAAGAAGUAACUGUACACAACAAAAAUCAAGUUUAUCAAAUCCUGGAAAGGGGUGCAGCCAAAAGAACAACUGCAGCUACUUACAUGAAUGCAUAUUCCAGCCGUUCCCACUCUGUGUUUUCAAUUACCAUCCAUAUGAAAGAAACAACAGUGGAUGGAGAAGAACUUGUUAAAAUUGGAAAGCUAAACUUGGUUGAUCUUGCAGGAAGUGAAAACAUUGGUCGAUCUGGGGCAGUUGACAAAAGAGCUCGUGAAGCUGGAAAUAUCAACCAGUCUCUGCUGACACUAGGAAGAGUUAUUACUGCUCUAGUGGAAAGAGCCCCUCAUAUUCCAUACAGGGAAUCUAAACUCACAAGAAUCCUUCAAGACUCUCUUGGAGGACGGACAAAAACAUCAAUAAUUGCCACAAUUUCACCUGCAUCUAUAAAUCUUGAGGAAACAUUGAGUACAUUGGAGUAUGCCCAUAGAGCAAAGAAUAUCAUGAACAAGCCUGAAGUUAAUCAGAAGCUAACAAAAAAAGCUCUUAUUAAGGAAUACACUGAAGAGAUUGAGCGUCUGAAACGAGACCUUGCUGCUGCUCGAGAGAAAAAUGGAGUCUAUAUUUCUACUGAAAACUAUGAAGCCCUUAAUGGAAAGCUGACGGUUCAGGAAGAACAAAUUGCAGAGUAUAUUGACAAAAUCAGUGUAAUGGAGGAAGAAGUGAAAAGGGUCACUGAACUAUUCAGAGUCAGUAAAAAUGAACUUGAACAGUGUAAAACAGACUUGCAAAUCAAGGAGAAAGAACUGGAAGAAACACAAAAAGAUCUGCAAGAAACCAAGAUUCAACUGGCGGAAGAAGAAUAUGUUGUUUCAGUUUUGGAAAACACUGAACAAAAACUUCAUGGCACAGCUAGCAAGUUGCUAAGUACAGUUGAAGAAACUACAAGAGAUGUGUCUGGGCUCCAUGCAAAACUGGACCGUAAGAAAGCUGUUGAUCAGCACAAUGCUGUUGUCCAAAAUACUUUUGCAGAACAUAUGGAUGCUUUGUUCAGCAAAAUACAAGAUUCAAUUACUGAAAACAGUUUCAAGCAGCAACAGAUGUUGACAUCUUAUACAAAUUUUAUAGGUGAACUCCUGUCUACCAGUUCUUCUACAGCAGAUACUCUUGCAUCAGUUGUAUCAGCAUCUUUUGCCUCUCUUAAAGAAUUGGUGUCUACUGAAGUUUCUCACAUGUCUGAAAAAAUAACACAGCAUGAGAAUCUAUCACUUGAUUGUAAAGCGGAGCUGCUGAGAUUAAUUGAGGAGCAUCAAACUGGAUUAGGAAGAGCAGUAAAUAGCUUGACACCAAUGGUAGAAUUUGUCUUGGGGUUAAACUGUCAGUUCCAGAGUAACAUGAAGAAAUAUUCUGCUGUGACUGACCAGAUGGAGGGCCAUAAAAAGGAAAUGGAUGCCUUCUUUGGAGAUCUUUUUCUCACUCUGAAAAAAAUACAGGAAGAAACAUCCAGUGGCUUUGCUCAGCUCCAGCAUAAUUGUGACAGUUUAAAAGAAGAAGUGGAAAUGACGAGGUUGGCACAUAGAAAGAGCGCAGCUGAAUUGAUGUCUUCACUGCAAAGCCAGCUUGACCUGUUUACUCAGCAGACUCAGAAGAACUUAACUGAUGUACUCACAAAAAAUGGAAGCCUAAAGACCACCAUUACUGCUAUGCAAGAAAAUGUUCACCUGAAAACUACAGACCUAGUCAGCUUCACAAAUUCCAAUCACAGCAAAUUUACUGCAUCUCUGGAUAAUUUCUCUCAAGAGCUCAGGAGCAUAAAUGCUGAAAACAAGACAAUGCUGGAAGAUUCCAAUGACCACUGUCAACACCUUCUCAGCAAUCUCAAAAAUGUGUCUCAGGAUAUCAAUACAUGGGGUGAAUUUACAACUGCUCAGAUGGUCAACUUUACUAAUCAGCAGCUAAUGUCAUUCAAGGAUGAGAAACAGCAAUUUCAGUAUUUACAAAAGAAAAAUGAAGAAAACUGUGAUAAAGCAGUAGCUGAAGUUGCUGACCACAUUGGCAGACUAAAGGCUGCUGAGGGGAAGGUGCUAAGUGGCCUUCUGGAUCAGAUAAACGUGGAUCAGGAGAUACUUGGAGAGCAGCAGCAGGCACUUAAGGAGGAAGUACAGCAUGGACUAACUCAGGUUAAUGGGUUCCUGCAAAAGGAUCUCAAAGUGGAUGUUCCAACAGGGACAACUCCACAGAGAAAAGACUACUUCUAUCCAGUCACACUCGUGAGAACAGAGCCCCGGGAACUACUUCUGGAGCAAUUAAGGCAAAAGCAACCAAAUUUUGAUGCUGUGGUAAAGGAGGUAGAGGACAAUGCAGGUCAGGACCUGUUGGAAGAAGAAGGAGAGUUGCAAGACCCCAGUGAAAACCUUGCUUGUGACAACUACUUAAUGAAUACAAAUGUAUAUUGCCACACAAAUGGUGGCAUUCCUUUUUUCCAGCGCAAAAGAAAUCUCAAAAAGGGUAAAGAGAACAAAUCUUCAGCUCCAGUGGAGAACAAAAUGGAGGAUAUGACAGAAGAGUUUCUUCAGAAAUCUAAGCAUCCUUUAAGAUUGCUGAACUAAAAUAUAGUCUCUGCAUAUCCGUGUUUUUAAAUAUUUUUAUCUUACUGUCUUACUGAGCCAUAACUUUUUUUGUUAUUCUCAGUGUCUCUAUAUAGUAAUGCAAAAUUGAAUCAAAAGAUUUCCCUGCUCAAUCUCAUGCCUUAGUUCUAUUUUUAUAUAUUGCAGCUUGCAAAGUUUUAAGGAAAAAAUCCUGCAGAUUAUGGUGCUGUUAUGUUAAAUAUAUGUGUAUGUUGUCAAGUAAGAAACUUUCUGUUUCUCAGUAGAUCUAAAAUACCAGAAAGGAAUGUGGAAAUAUGCUUUGUCAGCAUUAUGAGUUACCAUUUUAUGUAUUAAUUGCCUGUAAAUAAGUGUUCUGGUUUUAUACGUGCUUUUUAAUUCCAGUUCCUCUUUUUUUUUCUGUGAUACUUCAAAUAAAUUAACACAUGGAAAACAAAUGUACAAGCACCUCACUCAGAGUAAAACAAACUUACCUAACUUUGUUAUGGUGCCAGGUUUAAUUUAGCUAAAACAUUAUCAGCUAUGCCAUAAGUCUUGUGCUGUCAGAAGAGGAUAGUUCUCUCCCUUGUUUCACAAAAGGCAAUAGCUUUAUUUCAGUGUCUCUUCAUUCUGUGAAGUCUUACUGCUGAAUCUAGAGCUUUUUGUUUGUUUGAAUCUCACUGUUCUUCCUCUUGCAGAUGUGAAGUGUUGGUUGGGACACAAUGUCUAUCAGGUUCUGUAUCAUAAACUGGCAGCAUUUCUUUAAGAUGUAAGGUUCUUAACAUUAAAACAUGGAAACUUGGUUACAAA